GCUCAGCAAAUUAGUUUACGUGCCGCGCUCUUCCAGCGCGCGAGUUUCUUGCUAAAAGUUGGUGAUAUUGAAAAUUAGUGGUAAAAACUUUUGUAAAAAAUCUCUAAAAAAAACUACGCACCAUGAAAAUUUUGAUCGUCGUGCUUUUUGCCACAUUAGCGCUGCAGAAUGCGGUGGCCAGUGUAAAAGAGGAGAUUACGGCCACUGAGUAUAUUGAGAAUCUGAACAAAGAGAUUGCACGUCGCACUAACUUAGAGACGGAAGCCAGCUGGGCCUAUGCAUCUAACAUCAAUGCGGAGAAUGAGCGCAAGAAGAAUGAAGUCUCCGCCGAGGUGGCCAAAUUCAUGAAGGAGGUCUCCACAGAUUUACAGAAAUUCAAUUGGCAAUCCUUUAAAUCGGAAAGUUUGCGCCGUCAAUUCAAAAUGCUCACCAAACUCGGUUAUGCGGCACUCAGCGAGGCUGACUACGCUGAAUAUUUGGAUGUGAUGUCCACUAUGGAGUCAAACUUCGCUAAAGUACGUGUUUGCGACUAUAAAAAUGCCACCAAAUGCGAUCUCUCUUUGGAUCCUGAAAUCGAAGAUAUCAUUACCACCAGCCGUGACCCAGAAGAGCUGAAGUAUUAUUGGCGUGAAUUUUACGAUAAAGCCGGUACUGCUGUGCGCACUCCUUUCGAGAAAUAUGUGGAACUGAAUACGAAAGCAGCCAAGUUAAAUAAUUUCAAAUCUGGCGCUGAAUUGUGGCUGGAUGAGUAUGAGGAUGACAGCAUUGAAAAGCAGCUCGAAGACAUUUUCGAUGAACUGCGUCCACUCUAUCAGCAAAUUCAUGGCUACGUGCGUUAUCGUCUGCGUCAACACUAUGGCGAUGCUGUGGUGUCGGAAAAGGGACCGAUUCCCAUGCAUUUGUUGGGCAAUAUGUGGGCUCAACAAUGGUCCAGUGUGGCCGAUAUUGUCUCGCCAUUCCCCGAUAAGCCGCUUAUUGAUGUCACCAAUGAGAUGGUUGCACAAGGUUACACACCACUGAAAAUGUUCCAACUGGGUGAUGAUUUCUUCCAAUCAAUGAAUUUGACCAAACUGCCACAAGAUUUCUGGGAUAAAAGUAUUUUGGUAAAGCCUGAUGAUGGACGCGAUUUGAUUUGCCAUGCCAGCGCUUGGGAUUUCUACAUCAUCGAUGAUGUGCGCAUUAAGCAGUGCACCCGUGUGACGAUGGAUCAAUUCUUCACCGUUCACCACGAAUUGGGACACAUCCAAUACUUCUUGCAAUAUCAGCAUUUGCCUUUCAUCUAUCGCGCUGGUGCUAACCCCGGUUUCCAUGAAGCUGUCGGUGAUGUGCUCUCACUUUCAGUCUCUACACCAAAACAUUUGGAGCGUGUUGGUCUACUGAAGAACUACCAACGCGAUGAUGAGGCGCGCAUCAAACAAUUGUUCUUGGCUGCUCUGGAUAAGAUCGUCUUCCUGCCUUUCGCCUUUACUAUGGAUAAAUACCGUUGGGCAUUGUUCCGUGGCGAAGUGGAUAAGAAGGAUUGGAACUGUGCUUUCUGGAAGUUGCGUGAGGAAUACUCUGGCAUUGAACCACCAGUAGUUCGUUCUGAAAAAGAUUUUGAUGCGCCAGCUAAAUAUCACGUGUCCGCCGACGUCGAGUACUUGAGAUAUUUGGUUUCGUUCAUCAUACAAUUCCAAUUCUACAAGUCCGCUUGCAUCAAGGCUGGUCAAUAUGAUCCUACCAAUCCGGAAUUGCCGUUGGACAACUGUGAUAUUUAUGGCAGUUUUGAAGCAGGUCAAGCCUUCAAAAAUAUGCUCUCAUUGGGUGCCUCUAAGCCUUGGCCCGAUGUAUUGGAGGCCUUCAAUGGUGAACGUACAAUGACUGGCAAAGCUAUCGCUGAGUAUUUCGAACCUCUCCGUGUAUGGUUGGAGGCAGAGAACAAGAAGAACAAUGUGCCCAUUGGCUGGACGACAUCUGACAAAUGUGUUUCCUCGUAAAACCGACGUGGUCUCAACAAGUUGAUGCAAAGAAACUUUUGCUUUUUUGGCGUUCAGUUUGAGUAUUAAACAAUUUAAUUUUCCUUAAAUUUUUGUAAAAUUUAUUUCUACAAAAAUUCAGUAUUAAAAUUAAUAAAUA